GAACACCGGCGACGCGGACCUUGAGGGCGAUGGAGCAGGCGCGCGGGCCGGGGGCCGAGGCUGACGCUCCGGAGGAGGAGGAGGGGGAGGCGCGGGCGGCCAUGGCGGCCGUGGUGUCUGCUGCGGGUGGAGCGUGCCCCGCAGUUCUGCAGGUGGCCGGCCUCUACCGGGGCCUGUGUGCAGUGCGCAGCCGCGCCCUAGGGUUGGGGUUCGUGUCACCAGCACAGCUGCGCGUGUUCCCGGUACGCCGGGGCUCCGGCUCCCCCUCCGGGGGAGCAGAUGGCAACGGGGUCAGCGAGCUGGAAGCUAACCCCUUCUACGACCGCUACCGGGACAAGAUCCAGCAGCUGCGCAGGUCUGACCCAGCCGCCUUUGAGUCCCGCCUGGAGAAGCGCAGUGAGUUUCGGAAGCAACCAGUGGGGCACUCCAAACAAAGUGAUUUUAUCAAAUGCAUGGAGCAGAAGACACAUGCCUCAGGGAAACAGCCUGUGAGCAAAGGAUUCACUAAGGACAAGACUCUCAGUUCGAUCUUUAACAUUGAGAUGGUGAAAGACAAAACUGCAGAGGAAAUACAACAGAUUUGGCAGCAGUAUUUUUCAGCGAAAGACACAGUCUAUGCGGUUAUUCCAAAAGAGAAGUUUGAUUUGAUCUGGAACCGGGCUCAGUCCUGCCCAACAUUUCUUUGUGCACUGCCAAGAAGAGAUGGUUAUGAGUUCUUUGUAGGACAAUGGACCGGUACUGAACUCCACUUCACUGCACUUAUAAAUAUUCAGACCCGAGGGGAUGCUGCAGCCAGCCAGUUGAUUUUAUAUCACUAUCCUGAACUUAAGGAGGAAAAAGGCAUAGUGCUGAUGACAGCAGAAAUGGAUUCCACAUUUCUGAUACAUAGAGAGAAAGAAGUGAUUUCAGCAAGCUACUGUCUCACAGUAACAGUAGACUCCAGACCUGGAGCACAGAAGGGACUCUGCUUCCCUGACUGUUAUUCCCAAACUGCCCAGUCUUAUUUUUCCCACUUUCUCUUCCUCCUAAACUGUUUCUGUAUCACACUAAACCAGAAGUCACUGAUCCAAAAUAUGUAUUUGCCAUUAAUUGAGAUAAAGUCUGCAGAAAAGAUGGUUUUGAGAAGACCUCACUUUUAGACCGUUAAAUCUGAGGUGCCUGUUAGCUCUCCAUACAAUGUAGACAAUUAGAUACAUGAGCCUGGUACUCAGAAAAGCAGCCCAGCUAGAGUAUGUGGGUUGUAUUUAAAACCAUGGAUUGAAUGAAAUACCAAGAAAAUAAAUGAGGACACAGAAGAGAAAAGAUAUAAAAACUAAGUCCUAGAGAGAUGAGGAAAUAUUAGUGAAGAAAAUUAAGAAAAACAGUUGUGAUACAGGGGAGAUUAAGAUGGUAAAACACCUGGAAAUAAACAUAAAAUGUUGUAAGCAACAGGGGGUGUUUAGUUGGCCAACUCUAACUUGCUUAUAGGGCCAAUGAAAUAAAGACUGAAAAUUUGCUAGAUUUUAUAGACAGAAAUAUUUGGGUACCUUUGUAAGAACAGUUUCAGAGGAGUGGUAUGAUUAUAAAUAAGCAUAAUUAAAUUUAAGAACGAUGAGAAGAGAAACUAGGAGGGGUAAACAUUAACUCUUCCGAGCAAAAGAAAGAGUAGAGUGUUAGCUGGAGGAAAGAAGUGGGACAAAUAUGUCUUUUAUUUUAAAUAUUGAAUAAAUAAUAUGGAAAGAUGUGGUAGGAAAAAUAUUAGCCAUAUAAGAGAAGGAAAGAGUGAAACAAGCUUUUUCCUAAUUUGAACUAAUAAAAAAAAGAGAGAGAGAGAGAGAGAAGGAAAAGGAGUAGUAAUAUUCUGGGUGGAUAAGUCUGGAAAUGGGGGUUUGAUCUUUUCUUUUCCAGGAAUUUAUUAACUGAGAAGACAUGAGGACAUGGGUGUAGUAGAGUUAGAUGAAUAGUUAGUGGCAGCUCAUGGAAGAUUUUUUUUUUUAUGAAAAGAAAGGCCAUCAGCUUAGAGUAAACAUGGUAGCAUAGCAUUAGCUAUUCCAUGGUGGCACACACUUUUAAUCCCAGCCCUUGGGAGGCAGCGGCAGGUGGAUCUAAACAUCAUGAUCCAGGACAGUCAAGGACUACAUAAACAAACCCUGUCUCAAAAGAGCCCAAAAAGAAAAAGGAAGUUUUGUUUCCAUAUUUCUUAAGACUGCUUUAGUUCUCUAAGAGAGUUGAGUAGUUUGAGGCUCUUUGGCUCCCCAGACCUAGAAUGUUUACUGUUUAUAGAAAGUGUUUGCAAACCAUAGUCUAAGGAAAUGGAAAAGAGAAUUUGUGUAGGUGCAGGCAUGGAGAGGAUGUCAGAUUUAACUAGUUCAGCCAUGUGGUGUAAUGAUAUAAUUGAGGGGCCAGGAAUCUUAGGAUGAAUGCAAAGGGACGCUUAUACUUAAUGGAUCAGAGAAUAAAGCUGGGUGAAGAGGCAAGUGAGAAAAGAGACACAUUAAGAGCUGUGGACUUCCGCUGCAGAGUGUUAGAGUUGGGAGUGAGCUAGGAAGAUAAAAAAUAAUAAAGUCAUAUGUUCCGGACUGAGAUUUGGAGAGGACGCCAUUAUUGAUGGCAAAGUUUGAUGUCUGUG